UUUGGAAAGAUGUUAUCGGGGAAAGUAUUUAAAUAAUAUGGGUGAUAAGAAAGAAACACGAGACGAGACUAGUUCUAAGGAAAAGCCAACUGGGCGCGAGGAAGAAGAAAAGAGAAAGAAGGAGCGAGCAGAAUAAGGUGUCUCUCUUGGACUGAUUCGCUUCCAUCGCAUCUCCUCUCUACUACUCCCUUUUAUUUCAUGGCCGUCCAAGCUCAAUAUCCUUCCAAUGUUCUCUUUCUAAACAGAAACGCCCAAGAAGGCCAUGAAUACUCGUUGCAACCGCAACCUGGAGGCCUCUUGAACCAGCCACACAUGUUAUACAACAACGACAAUGGAAGUAACAACAACAACAACAAUUCCCGGAAGAGAGGAAGAGAAGACACGGCUGCUGCCAACACAAUCACAACAAAUUCCAAUCUUAUCAAUCCUUUCUCUUUACAAUCUCAGCCUCCACAACUUAUUCAUCUCUCUCAGCUUCAUAAUCACCAACAAAAUGUAGUCUCCACUGGAUUAUGCUUGUCCUUCGAUGACCAACACCUUCAUCAACAACAACAACAACAACAACAAAUACUACAACUUCACCAACAUCAAUCACAACAACAACAUGCCUCUCACUCUUCCGCUUUCUUAUCUAAUUUAUCCCAAAGCUUGGCUUCUCAAAUCAAACAACAGAGAGAUGAAGUUGAUCAAUUCCUCCAAGCCCAGGGAGAGCAACUGCGGCGAACAUUGGCGGAGAAGAGGCAGAGGCAUUACCGGGCGCUGCUGAGCGCGGCGGAGGAGGCGGUGGCGCAGCGGCUGAGGGAGAAAGAAGCGGAAGUGGAGAAGGCGACGCGCAAAAACGCGGAGCUAGAGGCACGCGCGGCCCAGCUGAGCGUGGAGGCGCAGGUGUGGCAGGCGAAGGCCCGGGCCCACGAGGCGACGGCGGCCUCCCUGCAGGCCCAGCUGCAGCAGACCAUAAUGUGCCAGGGCGGCGAGGAGGCGGGCGGCGGCGUGUCAUGCGCGGUGGAGGAGCAGGCGGAGGACGCUGAGUCGGCUUACAUCGACCCGGAGCGCGUGGCGGUGGCGGCGGCGCGUCCCAAAUGCAGAGGGUGCGGGAAGCGCGUGGCCUCGGUGGUGGUUUUGCCGUGUCGGCACUUGUGCAUCUGUACAGAAUGCGAUGCGCAUUUCCGAGCGUGCCCCGUUUGUCUCACACCCAAGAAUUCAACCGUUGAAGUUUUUCUCUCUUGACAACCCUCCAAAUUUACUUAAUUACCCAAUUACCCCCAUCCUUUCUUGUCCAUAGCCAAACAGGCCCCAAAACAAAAUUUCUCAUCAAACAAAAUAUAAAUAAAAUUACAUUUUUGUUUCUCUCUUCUCAAUUCACAUGACCAAAGCUGAUGUACAUGGCCACGUCGCCACCACUAGCACUGCCAUUUUAUUUUUCUCAUCAAUUUAUAUAAAAUAUUAAUAAUAUAUCUAUAUAUAUUC